UUGCAUGUAUAAAGGGUGUUUUUCAUAUUUUCAGAUUUCCACAGAUCAUGAACAGUAAACAAGUUCAGGGCAAAAGAAAACUAGAAGAUUAUUUGAAAAUGGUGAACCGACCCUGUCGGGUCAUGAUAAGGAAUAUUCCUGCUCCGCUUCAGCAGUUUUACUUUUCAGGCAAACUUCAAAACAUAGUUGAUGGAGCCAGUCCUGGGUCCAAGGUUAAGUCUAUGAAGCCUGGCUCAAAGAAAAAGGAAACUGUCCCCAAAAAAACGAAACCGAAGAAAUAUGUCCCAAUGAAGGAACCUCUCUUAAUGAAGAAACAUGUCUCCAUGCAGGAAGAAUCUGGUGAUAGUGAAUGUUGCAAGGGAGAGAUAAAGGUCGGAGAUGUAUUUGUAGGAGAAAGCAAAACGAAGUACAAGGUUGUUGAAGUCCUAAAUAUGGCAGAUUUCUCUGAGAUCUGGAGGGUAGAAGAUAUUUCAACAAAUAAGAGAUUUAUUCUCAAGUUUGUCAAUAUCAAACUUCAUAAGACCUUAACCGAAACAGAAAUUCAUAUUCUUAAGAAGGCGCAGAAUUCUAGGAAGAGAGAGGAGAACUAUAUAGUCUCCCUGAUUGACACCUGUGAGGCCUGGAAGGACAGGUGUCCCCACAGUCUCCUCAUUCUGGAAGAGCUGGGGGACAGUCUACUCAAGAUCAUCCAGGGUGCCAGACCGCGGCUGGAUUAUGUUAAGCAAAUCGUGCAAGAGAUAUUACUCGGAUUAGAUUUUCUUCAUACUAGGUGUAAAUACAUCCAUUGUGAUAUUAAACCCGAGAACAUUCUACUCCGCCAGGAGUACAAAGGAGACCGCAAUCAGAAAAUGAUCAAAAUAAUUGACGUUGGUAUUUCGCGGAAGAGUCGGCCAUCCUAUAGAGGGGAAAUCCAGACCAGGGAGUACAGAGCUCCAGAGGUUUUGACUGGAGAGCUGGGACGCAAGUACAAUCUUACAGAGAAGGUGGAUAUCUGGUCCGUCGGGUGUGUGCUGUUCGAGCUAAUUACAGGAGAGUUUUUGUUCAAACCAAAAGAAGAUACAGAUUUUGAUCACAGAGCAGAGAUCGAGAAAGUCAUAGGAUCAUUCUGCGGGCAGAGUGGUUCGAAAACGGAGAGUCUUUCGGUUUCCCAGCGGAUUCUUCGGACGUCCAGGUUAACCUGUGCUGAAGUCUUUGAACUCCAUUCGUUCUUGAAGUUUGUUCUGGUCCUGGAUCCAGCUGUCCGGCCCUCUGCAAAGGAAUGUCUCGAGCACAAGUUCUUUAUGUAAUGUGAACAUUACUGCAGUGAAGAUGUUUCAACGAUAGAUGCUUUGACUGCUCUUAAGUAGACAAGAAUUCAAAUCGAGAUUUCUGGUCCUUUUUUUUAGAUUGGAGCAUUUUUUAAUUGUAUUUAAGUCUUCAGAUUUUUGUAAAUUGUUAGGUCUGCAAACUGAAAAGUGCGCAUUAAUAUGUAUGUAAAUUGUAAAUAAUAUUUUCAUAGUGA